CGGAGGGAAGGCUAUAGGUCCACGAUAGACGGAGCCAAGCCUCGCAGCGUUGGCUAUGCACGAUGGUCAAGUACUAGACGAAGAACGGAUUACGACCGCACAAACGCACGCACGAAAGAACAGGGCCCGAUCCACUUACUUGGAGCCGAAUGGGCCUGCCCCCUCCGCCAGCUCUGCAUCUCGAACUCGCACCUCAGAAUGAAAGGAAAGCACGACUCCGACCAAGGCCACGACGAAAUCCACAGUUCCAUCAUGCGCAAGCAACCUACGUCGACUGCUAGCAGCCUCAAUGCCCGCAGAUUGGCCAGCAGAUUCACCAUAUCAUCCUUCGUCUCGCUGUUCCUCCGCGCUUUUUUGAUCCCCAUCAUCGUAUGCGGCGUCCCAGCUUGGCCAGUGCUGGGUAUGCUGUGCAUCGUUCCCAUCGUCGGAAUGUUCACCGUGCCGAUCUUCCUGCUACUUACGGUAACGCUGAUGUACAGCAUCGCCUGGCUGUCUUAUCUUGUCCUGGCGCAGUCUGACCCGCCGCCCGCGCCGUCGCCUUCAUCGCUGCUAGCGAACGCAACCUCCUCUUUGUCGAACGAAAGCGGAGCAUCUGGAGAUUCGCCAGCGUCGGGCAGCAGCAGCAAUGGCAACGGGAGCAGCAGCACGCACUAUCUCCCCUUUCUGCCAUACUCGCCGCUGCGCUGCCUCAAGAUAAAUUGGGCAGCCCUGCAAUACGCAUCGACGCUAUUGCGUGUCGCGCUCCCUGCCAUCUUCGAUUGGUCCUAUCGUCGAGUCAUGGUCCUCGGAUCGCAGGGCGGCGGCGGCAUCGUCAAGGAGAACAUCCUGUACGGCUCUCCUUCCCCAGGCAAGCGCCUUGACGUAUACAUCCCACCCGCUAAGCCAAGCCUCGCGGCAGCGCAUGAAUUUGAGCCCAGCGCGACGGCACACUCGUAUGCCGCCUCGUCCACGUCGGCACCGUUGCAUGGACAAGGCACCGCCGGGAACGCGAGGAUGCGCAAGCAUUCAACCAUGCAAUUCAACGAGCCGCCUUCUGCUCCACUUGGUUCCCAGAAGCGACUGAAUGGGCAAGAGCCACAUGACCCCAACUCAGGUGCUGGCCCAGCAGCAGCAGCGGUCAUAGUUCUGUUGCCAUCCCUGAUCCCGCCUCUGAGUUGGACGUCAAAACGCAAGACGUACAUGCAGCUCGCGCUACGUCUGCGGCGGAUGGGUUACUGCGUUGUCGUGCCUGAGUUGACGUACUUCCCUGCCUCGCGCAUCAAGGCCUCCGUCAUCGAUCUGCGCAUCGUUCUGCACUGGGUCGACGAGCACAUCGCUCACUACGGCGGCGACAGGCAUCGGAUCCACCUCAUGGGCCAUGGGCUCAGCGCGCAUCUCGCGCUUCUGCUCAUCACACAGCAAGCCGUCGUGCUGAGCCGGGAAAAGUUCCUCGAUGAUGCAUGGGAGCGCGAGCAGCAGCAAGAAGAGGAAGCAGCCAGGCUGUAUGCGGCGCGUCGCAACGACUACGGCGAAAACGGGCAGGACGGCAACCGCCCUGAAGAGGACGACGACACAGAUGCGCGACUCUCCCCCCCCGAAGAGGGCGCCAAGGUGCGUGGUGACAGAGCACAGAAAGGAGCAGGAGCAGGAGGCGAGCCGCUCAGCCAGAGCUCGCUCGCACGCCACGAGGCGGAGCUUGCACGUCAGAAACAGCAAGAAGAGCAGGCAGCACAGCACAAGCAGCCGCGGAGGCAUACAGCUGCACGACAAGGGAGCGAGCACAGUAACAGCUGGGUCGAUGAGGAUCUGUUCGAGCCGAACAGCGCAACGGCGAGGGACGGUGGACUUUUGACGGAACAAGAGGGAAGUUCUAGCAUUUUGCCUCCUGGAAUGGUCUCGACUGGGAAGGAGAAGCCAGCAGGUGUGUCCACUCUCCCUUUUCCUGCGGACAACAUCACUGGCGCUGCGAUGAGCUCGGAGCCGAAGCGCACCUAUCCGCGGUGCGGCAGUCAGCAGGAGCAGCGUCUGCGCAAUCACCGGAACUCGACAGCGGCACUGGCUGCUGCGGCGCAACUGAACAAUCACGCCGGCAGUCUUAUGUACGGAAAAACUGGUCUCCCUCCGCAGACACUCUCGGAAGCGGAAGCAGCGAUCGGUCAGGGUUUGCGGCAGGUCUCGAUCUACGGUGCACACAUCCCCGUGCCGCCUGUUGCGGGUGUGAUUCUGCUUGCUGGAAUCUCGGACGUCAUCAAAGGCUUCCGCAGCGAGAGUGAACGCGGCGUCGAGCACCUCAGCGUGCUCCGACGUGCUAUGGGUCCUGGGCACACGAGCUGUCUACUGCAUAGUCCUGCGCAUCUGCUGUAUGCCGCCAAGCAUAUUCUCGACAUUGGCCUGCUGCCGCCCAAGUUCUUGCUUAUCCAUGGCGGCCGCGAUGCAGUGGUACCUAUCGAGCAGUCGACGCUGCUCAAGACGCUGCUGGUUGGCGUCGGCGUCGAGCACAUCAAGCUUCGCGCAUACAGGGAGCUGGGCCACGUUGAAGCGCUCGCAGCGUGCUUCCUCGGUAUGGGCCAGAGUUUCACGAGGUACAGGAAGAGCAUCCUUGCGGAUCUGCAGGGUUUCGUCCAGCUCUGAGCGAGUGAAGUAGGUUACGCUGAACUGGCGUGGGGUUUGAUGAGAGGUGGCAUUCCACGCAAAGGAAGGGAAGCUAUUCGCUGAACAUGGGCUGAUGAGGACCUCGGGCGACACAGCCGCCAAAAGUGUCUCACGCAAUCUUGCUUCCAGGCAUACCACGCUCUGACGUGCUCAAGCCGAGCUUGACACUGAAAGGUGCAGGGCGCUCCGUAGUGGGCGAAAAAAAUGGGGUAGCCCACCCAGACCGCCGAAAAGGGUGUUAGGACUGUAGUGAUUUGUAGCGGCAAAACCAGUUGCCCAAGAUUUUGCAAGGCGGCUAAGAUGAAGGAAGGAGACAAGUCUGAAGAGGUGCCCCCUUGAACGAUGGCAUUGGCAUGUACUAUGUUUCCGGCACGCGUACUUCAAGUCGAGACGUU